AUGUCGGAGACGGACUCUGGCUUCAUUGCCGCGCUAGAGGAAGCGACGCAAGGUGCAGCUGAAGGUGGGGUCCCAAUAGGAGCAUGCCUCGUAUCCAAAGACGGCAAGAUCAUAGGCCGUGGCCACAACAUGCGUGUGCAGAAUGGCAGCGCCACUUUACAUGCAGAAAUUUCAGCGCUCGAGAACUCAGGACGUCUCCCCGCGUCAGCGUAUGCAGGCUCAACGAUGUACACGACGCUAUCGCCGUGCGACAUGUGUACGGGAGCGUGUAUCCUGUAUAAGGUAAGCAGGGUCGUUAUCGGGGAGCACAAGAACUUUGUUGGGGGUGAGGAGUAUCUGAAGCAGAGGGGCGUGGAGGUUGUAGUGUUGGAGAGUGAAGAGUGCAAGAGGCUUAUGGCGAGGUUCAUUAAGGAGAAGCCUUGUGUUUGGAACGAGGACAUCGGUGAAGAAUGA